UGAUUUCCCUAAAAUAAGGUCAAGCAUAAACGUUCGGUAACCUCAUUAGAUGCUCAGCUUAUAUAAAAAAUAUUUCAAAAGGCGCAUACAUUUCUAUUAUUCCGAACAAUAAAAAGUUUUUUUUAUAUUUUAUAUGAACCUACGCAAAGCAUUCUGGUUUCAGAAUCUAAUUUCCUGAACAGGAAACCCCAAGGGAAACCCGAAACCUGUGCCCGAAACCAAUUUCGGCAACCGAAACUUUUUGCCUAUAUGUCACUUUCACAGUUCAAUGUCAAUGUCAAAAUAAUGCACAAUCAAAAUAGAGUUUUUGGUUUAGCACUUUAUAUAUAUUAUUAAUUAUUAACAUAAUAUUAUUUAAACGUAUAUUAAAAUGAACUUCGGUGGUACAUUAAGACUUAAUAAGUUCGCGUGUUUCACUUUAGGUUUCGUGUUGUUCCUUAUAAUUUACUGGAGGUCUAGUGGUACUUCUUAUCCUUCCGACACAAGCGAUCUCGUUAGCAUAAAAUCGUUGUUAAAUGCUGCUAUAUAUGCAGCGGAAAGAGGCGGUAUCAAGGUGAUAGAGGGUAAAAACCGUGGAUUGAAAAUACACAGUAAAGGAAAGACGAAAGAGGGAGCAAAUGAUCCCGUCACUGAUGCAGAUUACGCGUCCCACUGUGCCAUGUAUUAUACACUAAAGAACGCUUUUCCGAAGCUAUCUAUAAUAUCUGAAGAGCAUUCGGUUGCUGAGGAAGAUUGUCAGAACCAAGAACCAAUAGACUUGGAUUCACCUCCACAAGGACAGAGAAUUAUUAACUACAUAAGCGACGAACUUGUUCUCGCGAAAGAUGUCACAGUCUGGAUCGAUCCGUUAGAUGCAACACAGGAAUAUACAGAAGCAUUAUAUUCCUAUGUGACAACAAUGGUGUGUGUUGCAAUUAACGGAGUACCAAUUGUGGGGGUUAUUCAUUAUCCAUUCCCUCCCACGACAUAUUGGGGCUGGCUCAUGAAGAGGACUUCAAGUAAUAUACCAAAAGUUUUAUAUAAAGAAGACAACAAACUUCAUCCCAGAGUCAUCGUGUCGCGAUCGCACCCUGGUAAAGUUGCUGACAUAGCGAACAAGGCAUUCGGACCAAAAACAUCGAUAACACCCUCCGCUGGUGCGGGAAACAAAUACAUGAGUGUCGUAAACGGUACACACGACAUAUACUUACACGAAACGGCGAUUAAAAAGUGGGAUCUUUGUGCGGGACAUGCUAUUCUUAAAGCCAAUAACGGUACAGUGACCACUACAAACGGAGAACGAAUUGACUAUUCUAGCGGCAGUAAUGUUGUCGUCUCUGAUGGGAUACUCGCUACAUUGUAUGAUCAUCAGUUCUAUUUGAAAAAGCUUAAACAGGUUCUAUAGUUAUGGUUUGAGUUAAUU